GAGGCGCUUCUUUCUCCAAAGACGCUUUGUUCAUUCCACGAGACGGAUUGUCUUAGCGGCAGAGACUGCGACCAAAGGAGAGGCAGAGCCGCAUCUAUCGCAAGAUCAGGCACAUACCCCUGAAGUCCGGCUUGAAGUUAUCCCACCCCACUGCGAGAUGUCGAAAAAACCAUCCUCUAGAGUACUUCUCGUUACAGCAUUGGAACAAUUAUAUCAUAACUUGUCCCUCACUAGCAAAAGAGCUCGUGCAACUGAUGCCCGACCUGCUCUCCACCAGUCACCCUUGUCUGUACCACUGCGGCUACCACCGCUUUUGCCUUCGCCACAGUCUCUUCUCUUGCUGACACCACCGCCACUCGUUCCGGUACCACUCAACCCACCCAUACUGUUGCCCCCCCGCUCAUGCUCUUGUCCCUACCGCCGCCACCUGAGCCUGCACCGACAAUUGAUGGGACACUGGCGCCCAGACUUACGACUGUACCUGCACCCGUACUUGGAUCUGGGCCUGGCCAUGCCCAAGUGCAUCAACUUGCAUUCCCACGUGCAACUCCCCAAAUAGAAGCAUCACCAGCACCUAUACUGUCAGAAUCGGUGCCGGCUCCAGAGCCGGCAGUGCUGCGUGCUGCGUCAACUCCAACCUUACCAUUUCACAAUAUUCGAUCUGCAGCCAUGAUGUCGGAGGAGGUUCCCCACUAUAUGCCGCAGAGAUGGAUUCUUAGAAUGAUUGCACUGCCUGGAAGAGUAGCUUUGUGUUUGCGUCGCGUUGUGAUAGCUAAUGUGCAAGCUCAAGUCACCUUGAGAAUUUGGCGAUCGCUGAGACACUUUAUCACCACUGAGCGGAAGUUUCAAUCUCGCGAACGGGAAUGCGUACAAAUACUUCUGGAGUGGACAAAAGUCCAAAGCGCUGGGAUCCAUCGCGUCUGGAAUUCUAUCGGGUCGUUAUUCCUUCUGACGUGGCAAAAAAUAGUUGAGCGGCCUUUCUGGGGCCCACUGGGACGAUUCGUUGUUUCGCUGUUUUCUGUCAAGCGAUCAUUUCUGGAUGUGGCUAAAUCCAUCAAAAAGAGUGCUUACCCUCCGCCUUCGCCUUCAGAUUCACCACCGCUCUCACCGAGGUUCCCUUCUCUUGCAAAACCUGCUCCAGCUCAGGUUGUGUCUGUGAUACGGAAGGCGGUCGAGCGAACAGGUGUCCGCGAAUUACCUGAACCAGAUGUACUGGCCAUUGCACGUCUCAGCGCCUUGCGUUCGGCCCCAUCGCUGAACAUUCCCUUGCCUCGUGUGCAUCAGGUCUCCCGCCCUCCGAAUGUCCGUCGCCUGAAAAAAGCUUUCCGGAAAACGGGAUCCACAAGGAAGGAGGAUGCAUUGGUUACUCUAGGGAUCAACACUUUGCAGUGCCCAGAGAUUGCAGUGCCUAGCACUGCUAAUGCUUCGGGAAGUCUGUAUCGAGCCGAUGAUGAGGAUUCGUAUCUGCAACUGUAUCCUGAACUUUCAGCAUCUGCACCUGGCACAGCAUUGGACGAUCUUGGGACGUUCUCUUCACUGUCGCCUCUCAAGACCAAAGAGGGACUGCCGAAAGAAGCCUGGCAGCGCGUCCGCCGCUGCAAGGAUUCUCUGAAUCGCCUUAUCACCAUGGUGCGCGGCCUCGAACUGCGCAAUGAAUCCGCGCUUCCUCCGAAUAUUCUGCAAGCCCUCUCUGUUCUCCAAUCAUUGAUCGGGCACGUUCAACAUCAAGCACUGGAUGCAAUAGUUCGGCAUGUUGUGUUCCAGGCGAUGAUGGGUCGUGUGCAACAUCUUGCCACUGCCGAUCGGAACGGCCACGGCAAUCUUGCAUCGGGUUUGUUCCUCCCUUUGUGGCAACUGCUGAAGCAUGACGCAGUGGCACUUAAAAAAAUGAUGGAGCCCGACACUAAACCUAACCAACCAUCUUUUAAAUCCGUGGAGCGCCAGCAGCUAACGCCACGCUCGGUCAAAACCACUUCUGCAGUGAAUUCCUUCUCAUCCUUCUCAGCGAAGUCACCCGCAGCGCAACUGAAACAUGUUCGGGAGAGGAUUUUUGGAGAAUUUACAUCACAGGAGGUUCUCAUUAAACCAAUUUCACGGAAUGAUGCAGAGCCUCCAAUCCCCCGACUGGCCCACCAGCUGGAUAGAGUAUUGUUCAACCCUGCCCCUUACAUGCUACAGGAUUUCAAGACGGGGGUGUACAACUUCGAUUCAUACCUCCAAACCAUACCUCCAGUCCAAGAUUUUAGUUUCGACAAGAUAUCAUCCUUCGUACCCAGCUCACAACAUACCGAAUUGCAACGGCUUGCUCACCAAUUAGGCAAAUCGUUCGUAGGAUCGACAUCGUCUCUCACCCCACUACUCUCUCACAUGUACUUCCUCUUGUCACGGAUGAAAUGGAUUAACACUACCCAGCUAAGCAGUAACUUUACAGAGAUGCUCCGAAGUUUCACUCCAGCGGCUACCAUGCCGGCAGGGGUCAUUAUUCAUCAUAAGGAUGGCGUAUACUCCACGGACUCCGAUAAUCUUCUGAGAAGCCCUGAAGCGGGCGACACAAGGAAUAUCCUGGCCAAGAUGGGAACGAUGCUUGAAUAUUUUCUUACGAGCUCGCCAGAUGAGUUCUCUCAGCUCGGACGCCAUAAAAGGACAGAUGACACAGUUAUCGUCCGUCGAAAUGCGUUUCAAUAUACGGAGACCAAUGGUUUUGUGAUGCGAUCUCAACUGGAUUGUCAUGAUCCCCGCCUGCCAGGGACGGGUGUUUUUGAUAUCAAGACUCGAGCUGUGGUGGCCAUUCGUUUGGAUCUUGCGAACUAUGAGGAAAAUUCAAGUUACCUUAUCAAGUCGAUGACAGGCCAAUACAGCAGCUUUGAACGAGAAUUAUACGAUCUUAUGAGAUCUGCCCUUCUGAAGUACAAUUUCCAGGCUCGCAUCGGUGCAAUGAGCGGAAUAUUCAUUGCGUAUCAUAAUACCUCUCAAAUCCAGGGCUUCCAAUACAUGUCCCUAGCUGAGAUGGAUCAACGGCUUUUUGGUCACCAUAGACGUGGAGAUAAUAUUUUCGCAAUGUGUGUGGGCCUGCUUGAACAUAUCAUGAAGGCGGUCCUGGAGAUUUUCCCCAAACAAUCAAAAAGAGUCUUAUUCGAAACACUACAAUCUGGUACCGUCACGAAUGUUUACAUCGAGCCUCUCGAGUGGGCAAACCAGGGACCACGUCCUGUCCACGAGCUCACUGUCCUGACCCGGGUUUAUUCUAACAACAGAUACGAUUCAACUCCGGACUUUGAUUCAUCCAAUUGGAAGAUCCAGUAUAUGAUUACUCAUUUCCAACCUUCUGUCUGGACAAGAAGAAAUUUCAGUAUGGCAAGGUCGAAGGCGCUUUCGAUUGGUCUUCCGCCUUCGGACCAUUCUGCUUCACCACAGUUCGAUGCCAAUGAUUCUUCGUCGCAGCCGUCAUCCAUCACUCCAAUGCCCCGCCCUCGGACUUCGCGGCCUCGAGGUAUUAUCCCGCAUCUGCGGCGAAUAGCUCAGAGGGAUCGUGCUUAUUUAGAAAAACUCAAGCAAGCCCCAGUACAGUCCCUCACACGUUAACAUCAUAGUAGAGAAUCCCUAAUCGUUGCGUUCAUACACUGUAGAGAGCAAACAUUCUGUUGCACGUAAAUUAAGCUAUUUAUGUAGAAAGCAUGCAUAUCCCUGUGUGUGGGCUU